GCGGGGCCUGUGAAGGGGGCGGGCCGAACUCCGGUUUCCGGCGGGUGCGCGCGGGAGCAAGAUGGCCACCACCAAGCGCGUGCUGUACGUGGGUGGGCUGGCAGAGGAGGUGGACGACAAAGUUCUUCAUGCUGCUUUUAUUCCUUUUGGAGACAUCACAGAUAUUCAGAUUCCUCUGGAUUAUGAAACAGAAAAACACCGAGGAUUUGCUUUUGUUGAAUUUGAGUUGGCGGAGGAUGCUGCAGCAGCUAUUGACAACAUGAAUGAAUCUGAGCUCUUCGGACGGACAAUUCGUGUCAAUUUGGCAAAACCAAUGAGGAUUAAGGAGGGCUCUUCCAGACCAGUGUGGUCAGAUGAUGACUGGCUGAAGAAGUUUUCUGGGAAGACUCUUGAAGAGAAUAAAGAGGAGGAAGGGUCGGAGCCUCCCAAAGUGGAAACCCAGGAGGGAGAGCCCGCUGCCAAAAAGGCCCGGUCAAAUCCUCAGGUGUACAUGGACAUCAAGAUCGGGAACAAGCCAGCCGGCCGCAUCCAGAUGCUGCUGCGUUCAGACGUUGUUCCCAUGACAGCAGAGAAUUUCCGAUGCCUGUGCACCCACGAGAAGGGCUUUGGCUUUAAAGGAAGUAGCUUCCACCGCAUCAUCCCCCAGUUCAUGUGCCAGGGCGGCGAUUUCACGAACCACAACGGCACCGGGGGCAAGUCCAUCUACGGGAAGAAGUUCGAUGAUGAGAACUUUAUCCUCAAACACACGGGACCAGGCCUGCUCUCCAUGGCCAACUCUGGCCCCAACACCAAUGGCUCCCAGUUCUUCCUGACGUGUGACAAGACGGAUUGGCUGGAUGGCAAGCACGUGGUGUUUGGGGAGGUCACGGAAGGCCUGGAUGUCCUGCGGCAGAUCGAGGCCCAGGGCAGCAAGGACGGGAAACCGAAGCAGAAGGUGAUCAUCGCCGACUGCGGGGAGUACGUGUGAGUCUGCACGCCCCGUGUCUGGACCGCCCUGCGUCCCGGAGCGGUCACCCCGUCUCGGGGCAUCGGUCCCCUCUGGGCAAGCAGGGCUUUGUGUCCCGGCUCCUGGGGUCUGCUUGGAGCAGCUCUUGUGCCGAGGUGGCCCGGGCUUCCUCUGGCUCUCUCCCUGGGGCGGCCGGGGGCCGGGAGGGCAGAGGCGCUGCGUCUUCCAGGCCUCUGCUGCCACGGCUGCUCCUGGGCCCACCCGUGUAGCUCCCGGACGUCGCUUCUGCUAAAAUAAAUCCUAGUUCUUGUCCUGCUGA